AUGUUCGAGGCACGACUGGAGAGGAGAGAACGCGUAAAGCCACAAAGCUUGGGGAUAACUUCAGAUGCGAAAAAUGAGGAUAUGAUUCUUGAUGCUGCGGGAUUGUUUCCUAUCAAGGAACCCUUCUUCGUCACCGCCAAAUUCUGGAAACGUUUUUCCGUCUACGCCUCCGUCAUCCUCUCCAUCGCCUCUCUCGUCAUAUCCUCCAUCGCAUCCCUAAAGCCCAGGUCUGCUGCCGAUUUGAAAGGUCUAUCAUUCCUUUUCCUCCCCUCCCCCUUCUUUCUCCAAAAAAUCCAACUAACCUCCUCUAGCCCUAAUAGUAACCAGCAUAAUCAUCAACGCACUCUCGGUCACUCUCUCCGCGCUUACUUCUCUAGAUUGGCAAAGCCAGGCGACGACGGACCGGAAAUUCGCGCAGAUGUUGAGUCAGAUUAG